AUGGACCCCAACUGUUCCUGCAGUACUGGUGGCGCCUGCAGCUGCCAGAGUUCUUGCAAGUGCAAAGACUGCAAAUGUGGCUCCUGCAAGAAGAGGUGCUGCUCCUGCUGUUCUCCAGACUGUGUCAAGUGUGCCCAGGGCUGCACCUUCAAAGGGGCAUCAAACAAGUGUAGCUACUCUGCAUGA